CCUUCUCCGGCCUCCCUCGGCUCCCUCUUGCCCCCCCUGCCCGCCGUGGGGCCGCGCUCCCGCGGUGGCAGCCGGGCAGGAGGCAGCUGCGGUUCGGCUCGUCCGGGGUGUUUCUGAGUAGGCUUUUCUGCCUGGGGGAGUGGCUCUCUGCCGCUGAGAUUUCUCGGUUGCGCGAACUGCAAAGCUGUUUGGAUAACAAGAUGAAACCUGCAGAGCUGCACUAUGGGAUUCUGUGUUGGUUUUCCUUGGCAUUGUGUUGUUGGUGUACUUCAGAUACAGUUACUCAAAGUGACAUCCACCCUCAUCCUUGGAAAAAGCUGUAUUUUGCUCAUCAUUGGCCAGUGACUGUAUGUAAGAUGGAUGCUAAUGACUGUCAUGACCCGCCAAUGUACUGGACAAUCCAUGGAUUGUGGCCUGACAGAGCUGAAGACUGUAACAGGACAUGGCAUUUCAAUGUCACAGAGAUCAAGGAUCUUAUCUUAGACAUGAGACACUACUGGCCUGAUGUGCUUCAUUCAUCUCUGAAUCGCACCCAGUUCUGGAAACAUGAGUGGGACAAACAUGGCACUUGUGCAGCCACACUUGAGGUCCUUAAUUCUCAGAAAAAAUACUUUGGUAAAGCCUUAGAACUCUACCACCUUGUUGAUCUCAAUGGUUGUCUUUUGAAAGCUGGGAUAAAGCCAGGCAGCUCAUAUUAUAAGAUGACUGAUAUAAAGGAAGCUCUUACAACAUUUUAUGGUGUAACACCGAAGAUCCAAUGCCUUCCUCCAGAAGAGGGUGAAAAAGCACAAACAAUUGGCCAGAUUGAAUUCUGCUUCACCAAAGAACUGCAACUGGUAAACUGCAUGGCGCUGGAGGGGGAGUCCAACCCAAUGCAGGGUCACUUGAAGCUUGGAACUUCGGAGCUGUCGGUCUGCAAUGAUACUCUCCCAACCUAUUACCCUUCAGAGGUCCAAGAUCACAAAUGAAGCCAUAAGAGUUUGAAAAACUUUUUAAACAGCAGCAAAACCCAAUGUAAUAUUACAAGUCCUUGUCUAUAUCACGGGCCUAUAGUGAAGAUUUGUGCUGGAAAACACAGUUCUUUUUCUAUUAAAGGAGAGUGGUCCACAUGAUGGGAUCAGCAUCUGAUCUACAGCUUGGUCUGGACUUUUUGGCUUGCUUAUGAUUUGAAUCAAUGUUCAAAAGAGAACUGCGACUUCUCAGUUAAGUCUGCCACUUCAGCUGCUGCUUUUUGGUUUUUACCAGUGAGUCAGGGAAAUUAAGUAAUUCUUUGUAUUGAAAGGAUGAUUGUCUCUCUGAAUGUCGCCUCAUCUUUCUUGAUAAGAAAAUAGUGUUAACAAAAAACUGUGAGACCUGUUUGGAGGUCCAUUCCCAGAUGCAAUAGCCACUGCCUUGCAUAAUUGCUCUCCAGAAGUGCAGAACAGAGAUCAUGUCCUCCGAGUUGUUGAACCUUUUCUCACUCAGGGAUCACACUGGCCCAAAGACAACUUUUGCAUAAGUUCUUAGUGAAGUAAUAACUUCCUGCAAGUUUGGCCUUUUCUACCUAAAACAUCCCAGGGAGACUGUAUUUGUAGCCUUACCUGUUCUUUGAUUAUUUUUGUGGCACUAGCUCCAAACAGUCUUGAGAAACAGUCAAUGCUAGAGCCUACAUGUUAGUUUAGGAGAAUAUUAGGCCCUAGAAAUAUGUUGUUACUAAUUUUUAGCUGUAUUUGAGCAUUCAGCAUUACUACUUGUGAGUGCCUGCGCUUUUGUAUAAAAACAAGAUUGUCACAUAAUUACUUUGUUCCAAGAAACAUCUUUUUAUAGAUGAAACAGUAAAUACUACAGGAUUUUCAGUAAAAAGUACAGAUGUUGGCAAUAGUGCAUCUUUACCCCAUAAUGAUGAGUAAUGUGCCACAAAGUUGGAUGUUGCCAAAGGGAACCAAAUUGUGAUCGCGUCUUCCCCACUGUGCCGUGUUGAUUUGUGUCUCAAAUUGUGUUUCAAAGAAAGAAUUAUGGCUCAAGGAACCAUCUGUUUGUUAGAAUAAUGUUACUGUGAAAACAUGAAAUGCAGUAUUAGAAACAAAUUUGUUAUUUUGAAGGGAUUGGAAACUAUUUGCUCUCAUUUUUGGCUGUCCUUCUUUCUCUACCACCUUUUCAUUUAGUGCUCUAUCACCUUUCCAUUCCAGAAUGCUGUCAGUUUUUUGGCCUUUCUGGAAACUCAGGUAUUUAUUUAUUUUAACAACCAAGAAAUUAUUAUGGUCUGUCAAACAAGUGAUUGUUGGGUUUGCUUGGUUUUCUGUAGUUGCUUUAAUUCCUCAGUCCUGUUUCUCAGUCAAAGGUAAAGCUGACUCUUACCAAAAGGAGUCAGCAGAUAGGCACAUGAGUCACAAAUUACAAACUCUGCAGCAGAGUAGAUAGUAUGGAUUCCAUGCAUUUUUCAGCCCCAUUUUCAAAUGCAAUAAAUGCAAAGGAGCUGAUAAGUCUUAAAACUUUGAGGAGAAAAUAACAUAAUCCAAAAUGAGUGAGGGAGAUAACAUGCCAGCAACUGAGUAAAAAUUGAGUGAGAAAAAGUGAAGCUUGGCUAAAACAACCUCACAUACUUUGAAGUCUCAUUUAAAAGGACAUAACUGUACUACUAUAUUUGCCUUAAAAAACCCACAUCCACCUCCAUUUUUAUUACAGAUUAAAUAUUUAAAAUUUUUAUGGCUAACUUUUGAGUAGUAGCAAUAAAACACUAUGUAUAUGACUACUGUUGCUUGGGUUUUGGCAAACCCAUCUGCCUAACUUCUGGGAUCUUCUACAGGUGUCUUUUAAAAGCUACCUACUGAUUGUUAUACAGAGAUGUGCCAAGACAUGAAGUUUUAAGUGAUAUAUUUAAGGGAUGCUUUAAGGUCUGUAUCUGGGCAGCCAGGAGAGCAGCUGAAUGAAUGCUGUCACCACUUCAGACCAAAGAUCAUGUCCAGCCCUUUGUGUUCUCUAUAGCCAUGGCUCACAGCCAGUUGUGAGCCUUGUCAGUUACUUUCCAUCAGAAUGUAUAUAAUUUCAAGAGUUGGAUUAAGGCAGUUUAAAUAAAAGAAGUAAACAAAGGUAUACUGGGAGCUUCAGUCCUGAAAAGCGUCGCUCCCUUCCUGGUGCAAUAUAAAUUCUGUCAACCUUGACAAUUCAGCACAGCCUGGGGAUGGUGGGUCCUAUACUUUUUUCUGCAUCGUUGAAUAAAUUAACUAAAUUCCAGC